AUGGAGACUCAGAACGCGACGGUCAAUUGGCCCUAUUCCAGUCCCCAAGUCGCUGCCAUCAUCUCUGCAAUCUUAUGUUUGCUGGCGAUCCCUCUCAUUUACAAUGUGAUCUUCCACCCUCUGGCCCGAGUCCCGGGGCCUUUCUUGGCCAAGUUCAACGACUUCUGGCAUGCAUACCAACUAUACACAAAUAUGAGACAUGAGACGCUCUGUCCUUUGGUGCGCUUGGGCCCGAGCACUGUCUCUGUGAACACCACAGAAGGAUUCCAAAAGGUUUACUCGGCGACAUCACCAAUCGACAAGUCGCCAUUCUAUCAGAGCUUCACCCCAGGUUUCCAAAGUAGUUUCUCUUCGAUGGGUCCUGCGUACAAAGAGAAGAAGUCUAUUCUCUCUCAAGCAUUUGCUCAGAAGAAGCUAGACGCCAUGGAACCAGCAUUCAUGGAGCAUAUUUGGAACCUUUGCGAGGAAGGUACACUCUGGAGAUGGCCUUUGUUGCAGCGCCUAAUUCGAAAGUUCUCGUACAACCAUACGACGCGGGGCUAUCCAGCGAAGAUGGCGAUUGGCGCCAUGAUCAAACAGAGACAGAAUCCUUCGGGUAGGCAAGACAUAUUCAAUUACCUACUUACGGCUAAAAGUCCCACCACCGGUACGCCGUUUCCUGAUCGUGAGCUGUUCGGUGAAGCGAUCGUCAUGUUUGUAGCAGGGUCUGAUACCACAUCUACUGCGCUGUUGACAAUAUUGUGGCAUCUUUUGGCUCAUAAAGAUGCAUAUGACAAGGUGGCCUUGGAGGUUAGAUCUACAGUCACGACGCGUGAUGAAUUGAACUACCACAAGAUUCAGCACCUACCAUAUCUAAGAGCUGUGAUUGAGGAAGGAUUGAGAAUCUUCCCACCGAAUGCAGGUUUCAUUCCGAGACAGGUACUCCAAUCCGACGGAGCCUUCGUUCUCCACGGCAUACCUCUGCCAGUGGGAACGGAAGUCGGCGUUGCAAACAUGGCGAUGCAUAGGAACCCCAAGUAUUUUGAACGACCAAACGACUUCAUUCCAGAACGCUGGAUCGGCGAUGGCCAGUCUGCGGUAAAGGAUAAAUCAGCUUUCUCUCCCUUCUCCAAGGGCCCAAGGGCGUGUCUCGGAAGAACAAUGGCAUACAUGGAGAUGUCUAUAGCUUUGGCAGCAAUGUUUUUGGAGAUGGACAUGGAAUUUGAGGAUCCCGGUUCUGAGGCAAGACAGGGUUACACAGCGACGGAUUCUUUCGUUCUCGCAAUCUGGAGGGCAUUUGAGUCUCUUCUCUGGUGGGAAGCAGCCCCUCUGUUGCGAUCUCAGCAAAGCGGCAGGGGCUGCAGCAGAAGCCACUAA